AUGUCGAAAUCAAAGAUUUCAAUAUGUAAAGAUUUGAUCAAAGAUUAUUGUGCGAACUGUACCUUUGCUGGUGUACAUUACAUUGCUGAUGAAUCUAAACAUGUCUCCGAAAGAUUACUAUGGGUGGUCCUAGUGAUACUGUCGUGGUACGGUUCAACCCUCCUAAUCAUUUCGUCCUGGGAUGCCUUCGUCGAAAGCCCUAUCAGCUUCGGCGUGGAGACCACUUACACCAACUGGGAAACCAAAAUGCCAGCAGUAGCUAUUUGUGAAUCAAUCUGGAUGGAUAGUGUAUACGAUGUUGCUGAUGCGAUUUGGCCGCCACUACAUCUAUUGGACUUAGAGGAUACCCUCAAAGAAAUAGCAUACUUCCGUGGCGUGUCCUAUGUUCUUAUUAGCACGUGCUUUACGAACCCAGACCCUGACCCUUUGUGCCCUACAUCUAACUACUCCUACUACUCAAACCUCAUACGCAGUGACUGUAACAAGAUUCUGAAGAACUGUUCCUAUAAUAAUAAAGAAUUUCCAUGCUGUGACUACUUCCAGCCGAUAGAAACUGACGUAGGACCCUGCUUCAUAUUGAACUCUAUACAAACCAAGAAUCCUCAUCCGUACCCGAUGGUGAAGAGCUUGCAGAAUCUAAAGGGAGUUAUAAAAUUUGACACAUAUUUUCCCGUGAUGAUGUACACUCUAGGAGAGGAUGAAGUCCCUACAAUAACCACACUGCACUCGUCUACCUUCAAUUUACUAAUCGGUUAUAGUUAUCGUCGUAUUCUAACAGUACGAAAUAUAGAGAACGAUCCCUUGAUUACCGAGACUACUCCAGAGCAGAGAGCCUGUCGAUUCCACCAUGAGAACGAGGGAGGAUUGUACCCACACUACUCCUAUAGCGCCUGCACUGUACUCUGCCGUAAGAAUGCUCAGCUUGAAUCCUGCCAUUGCAAUGACCACUUCAUGCUUGGCACUACUGAAGAAACACGAUGCAAUUUAACAGGAAUGGCAUGUUUAAACAAAUUACAAAAUCAUUUGACUAUAUUGAAGCCGGCUUGGGCAAAACGUCCUGGGCUCUCUUGCAACUGCCUGCCUUCGUGUGAUGAAACUGAAAUUACUGUCAUCAAAGAUAUCACUACCUCGGUCAAAGGUAAAGCUAACAAAAAGAAGGCGCACGUCGAAAUUGUUCUCGCCUAUUUACCCACUGAAAGAUUCAAGAGAAACGUUGUUAGAAGUCGGCUUGAUUUAGUUGUGUCAGUUGGAGGAACAACAGGACUAUUCGUUGGAGCAAGCUUACUAAGCUUCGUCGAACUAUUCUUCUUCUUCACCGUCCGCUUCAUCAGCAAUAUCUGGAUGCAAAGGAAGAAGGACAAUGAAUCUAUCACCACUAAGGACACACCAUUCCUGCUAGAACUUCCCGGACCUCCAGAAAUUGAAGUGAUCGGGCCUCAGACUUUACUAUGUCAACAGGUGUACAUCAGAAUUCCAUACUAG